AUGGUGAAGAAUUCGUGGACGGUUGCUGUUAACACUAGCUGCCCUAUUCUGUGUGUUAUGUUGAAACUCAAGAGGCUGCGUUAUGAUAUUAAGGUCUGGAAUAAAGAUGUUUUUGGCAACGUUGAUAAUUCGAUUGGUCUAUUUCAGAAUCAUUUGGCGGUCACCCAGAACCAGAUUUCUGAAACUGGAUAUACUGAUGAGCUCUUCGAUGAGGAGAUUCGUUUGCAAGCUGAGCUUAAUGUUGCGCUUUCUAGAAAAAAUAAUCUUCUUCAACAGAAAAGCCGUGCCUCGUGGUUGCAAGAUGGGGAUAGAAAUACGACUUUCUUUCACAGAAUGAUAAAAUUCAAACGGAGGAAUACUUUGAUUACUCGCUUGAAUAUUGAUGGGCACUUCUCGGCUCUUUUCAUGGAUGAUGGAAGCCCGAGCGCUGACCCUUUGGAGAUUGAGGCACUUUUUGAUCUGGCGGUUUCGGAUGCUCAGAAUAAUUUUUUGGUCAGUAUACCUGCGGAGAGUGAGAUUGCGGCGGAGGUCUUUGGAAUGGACGCUAAUAGUGCCCCUGGACCUGAUGGUUUCUCUGGUUCUUUCUUUCAGACUUGCUGGGAAAUUAUUAAGACGGAUGUUGUCAGUGCUGUUCAAACUUUUUUCCGGUCUUCUUAUUUACCUACUGGUUGCAAUUCCAGUACAAUGAUUCUUAUCCCAAAGAAGAAGGAUGUUUCAACUGUUGCUGAUUUGAGGCCCAUCGUUCUGUCGAACUUCUUCUUUAAAAUAAUUUCCAAAAUCUUGGCGUCAAGGCUUAGCAGGAUUGCGUCCACUCAUAUCUCUAAUAACCAAUUUGGUUUCAUUAGUGGUCGCAACAUCCAUGAUUGCAUUAUGCUCAGCUCUGAGGGAUUCAACUCGAUGCAACGUACGAAUCGAGGUUCGAAUAUGGCUUGCAAAAUUGACAUUCGUAAGGCUUUUGACACCAUUCGCUGGGAGUUCAUUAUGCAAGUUUUGAGAGCGAAUGGAUAUCAUGAGAAGUUCGUCAAUUGGAUUUGGAUCAUUUUUAGCUCUGCACGGCUCUCCAUUCUUUACAAUGGUCAGCUUUCGGGGUACUUCUCUUGUUCUCGUGGGGUGAGGCAGGGUGAUCCGUUGUCGCCGAUUUUAUUUGGGAUUGCGGAAGACGUCCUGAGUCACCUUAUCAGCAGUUGUGUGGAAUCGAGACACCUUAGUCCGAUGGGUUUCAGCCGGGCCAAUAAUUUUCCAACACACUUAUUUUAUGCUGAUGAUAUUAUCCUUUUUAGCACUGCUACGGUUCGUAAUGCUCGAAAGAUCAAGGAAAUUCUGAAUUAUUAUGGUUCGAUUUCUGGUCAGGUUUGCAGUCAGGAGAAAUCGAAUCUGUACUUCGCUAGGGGCGUGACUACGGAUAGGAGAAGGGCUAUUCAGCGUGUCAUGGGUUUCUCUGUGGGGAAUCUUCCGAUGACGUAUUUGGGAGUUCCUAUAUUUGUUGGUCGUCAGCGGGCCUCGUAUCUCAUGCCGAUCUUUGAUAAAAUUGUCCAAAAGUUUGCAAGGUGGAAAGGUCUUCAACUGUCUAUCGCAGGCCGUUUAUGUUUGGUGAGGUCUAUGAUUCAGAGUUCGAUUGUGCAUUCGAUGAUGGUUUAUAAAUGGCCUAAAUCGUUAUUGCAUUCGCUUGACCGUAAAUGUCGUAAUUUCAUUUGGACGGGCAGCAUUGAUCAGCAACCGCGUUGUUCUGUUAGUUGGAGACGGGUGUGCGCUCCUAAAGAGGAAGGUGGUCUUGGCAUUCGUUCUUUUACCUUAAUGAAUAAAUCUUUUUUGAUGAAGCUGGCAUGGAAGAUGAUAAAAGGUGAUGAUUGGGCUCAUCGGAUUAUGAGGUCCAGAUACCUCACGACCUUCAGCUAUGCCAAGCAAAAUAUUGCUAAUUCGACUAUUUGGCUCGGCGUAAAACAGGAGAUUGAUCCCUUGGUGGUUGAUUCUUACUCUUGCAUCAAUAAUGGUGCUAAUACUUAUUUUUGGAAGGAUGAUUGGCUGGGUUACAUUUUGGUGGAUAAGCUUAAAAUUCCUCACUACAUGCAUGAUUAUCUCCAUUUCUCUGUGAAAGAUUACUACUACGAUGGUCUGUGGCAUUUCUCGCCUUCGUUUGUGAAUUAUUUUCCUGAGGUGGUGGCUGAUAUUUUAUUGAUUCCUAUGAGCGAGGAAAAAGAUUCUAGAUAUUGGAAGCAUUCGCUCAAGGGGGAUGUCUCGGCGGCUUUAGCCUUCUCCAAGAAUUGUCAUCGUUACACUAUGAUAUGGGACUGUAGGAAUGCGAUUGUUUUCGAUGAUCUCCGUUUUGAGGCUCGGUCGAUUCUUACUUUUGUUAAAGCUUAUUUUAAAGAAAUGGAUUCUAAUUUUUCACGGCUUGGUACCAUCAAGAAUAAUUGGACUGACUACGUGAUUGUUAGAAGUCUUGGAAUUGGCAGUCGAGCUGCUCCUCCCCCUCGCAUGGUGGAGGUUUAUUGGUGGCCUCCGGUGACUCAUUGGAUUAAGGUCAACACCGAUGGCUCUGCUAAAGGGGCUCCUGGUCGUAUUGCCGCGGGAGGAGUUUUUAGGGAUAAUUUUGCUUAUGUCCGUGGCUGUUUUCACAUCAAGGGUGGUAGUGGGUUUGCUUUUGAAGCUGAGCUUCUCGCGGUUAUUACUGCUAUUAAUAUUGCUCAUGAUCGUGGCUGGCUUCAUCUUUGGGUUGAGUCCGAUUCGAUGUAUGUGGUGCGGUUGUUGGAGAAUCGCUCCACGAAUGUUCCCUGGCGUUUCUUAGCUUCCUGGAAGCAGGUUCUUCGUCGUCUUCAUGGUUUUUCUUUGAUUGUUACUCACAUCUUUCGGGAAGGAAAUCACCCCGCGGACAUAAUGGCCAAUGAUGAUAGACAAGAGGGAUGGUGGCCUUAUGCGAUUGACGAUAUUAAACAUGCGGUGGCUCGUUGGAUGCUUCUCGCGACAGGUGCGGUUGCUUCGUUGGGGUUUCGGUUGUCUGUUGGUGUUGGGAUGGUUCCUACUUCUUCCGUUUACAUGGUUUUUCUGGGUCUGCUGAUUUUCCUUUUAGCUUCGCUAGUUGUGGCUGGUGUCGUGCUAUUUCUGAAAAUGGAAGAACAAUCCAUUAAUUCAAAUAGUGAAACUGUUCAGUCUCAAAUACCAAAUGAUGUUGAUGAUGUCGAAAAUGAUCCUAAAGAUCUAAAUGCAAAUGAUGAUAAGACUGAAGUUGUUGAUGCUAACAUAUUAGAAUUGCAGGAUAAAGCUCACAGUGCCAUCAUCCUCAACAUGAGUGACAAAUUUUUGAGAAAAGUCUCGAAGGCGGAAAGUGCAGCUGCAGUGUUGAAGAAACUUGAAAGCAUGUACAUGGAGAAAUCGCUUGCAAACAGGUUAUAG